GGACGCCGAUGACAAAAGGUUAAGGAUAGUGUAGCCAAGAAAUAGAAAUUAAAGAUAAAUGUCCAGACGAUUGUUCAUUUGUACCUACCGAUAAUUCAUCUCUUCGUGAAAAAAGUCUGUCAACCACCACCACUACUCCCACACGGACCCCCCUAUAACCAUCGUCAUUACCACCCAAUUCCUGCCGAAAGUUCCGUACACUCUUGCACAAAACUGUCAAAACACUGAAAACAGCGCAUUAGUUGUGAAUAAUUCUGAAUAGUAACCAAAUCCCUCGAAAAAAUCUGCCUCCAUUCACACUCAUUCCAUGUCAAAAUCAGUUCUUUUCACCCUAUCCGUCAAUGGCUCAACAAUCACCACCUCCUCCGCCGCCGCCCACUAUUUCCGCCACCACUAGCUCAGCAAUUUCCUCCUCUUCCAAUACAACUUCCCCCAGACCUUAUCUCGUACCGUCAGUCAUCUCUUCUUCAGCUUCGUCGGACAUGUUGAACUAUCUCUGGGUCGCCCUUUUGAUUGCUCUCUCGAAAGAGCUUACCGCUGCUGCUAAUGCUCAAUCAGAUGUGCCACUACUCUUGCCGAGUGAGUCCGACGCGUUUCCGAGAAUCCAACGGUGCCCCGCAGCGGAUCCUCGUCUUAACUAUCGUCCGGUUAUAGGGAUUCUCAGCCAUCCUGGAGAUGGUGCCUCGGGCCGCCUGAAUAACGCCACGAACGCAUCCUAUAUUGCUGCCUCGUACGUAAAAUUUGUGGAAUCAGCUGGUGCUAGGGUCAUUCCUCUUAUCUACAAUGAACCCCGGAAGAUUCUAUAUGAAAAACUAAAUUUGGUUAAUGGAAUGCUCUUCACUGGAGGAUGGGCGAAGAGUGGUCUCUAUUUCGAAGUUGUUGAGUCAAUUUUUAAGAAUGUUUUGAGCAAGAACGAUGCAGGAGACCAUUUUCCUUUGCUUGCCAUCUGCUUAGGAUUUGAAUUAUUAACAAUGGCUGUCAGCCAGGACAACAACAUACUGGAAAAAUUUAAUGCAGCAGAUCAAGCGUCUACAUUGCAAUUCACGAGAAACAUAGAUAUUAAUGGAACUGUAUUUCAGAGGUUCCCUCCGGCUUUGCUAAAGAAGCUGAGUACUGAUUGCCUUGUAAUGCAAAAUCAUCAUUAUGGAAUAUCACCAGAGAAAUUUUUAAAAGAUGGGAAAUUAUGUAGUUUCUUUGAGAUCUUGACAACCAGUGAAGAUACCGAUAACAAGGUCUACGUCUCUACAGUUAAGGCGCACAGAUAUCCAGUAACUGCUGUUCAGUGGCACCCUGAGAAAAAUGCUUUCGAAUGGGGCUUAUCAAUGAUUCCCCACUCAGAUGAUGCAAUUCAAGUGACUCAGCAUGUUGCAAACUACUUCAUUGGGGAGGCUAGGAAGUCCAUGAACAGACCAUGUGCUCGAAAAGUUCUUGACAACCUCAUUUAUAAUUACAGUCCCACGUAUUGUGGAAAGGCUGGGAAGGGUUACGACGAGGUUUAUAUUUUUGCAUAGAAUUGGUUCCUUAUUGGAAAUGUGUAGAGACGUGAAGCAUAUAUGUGCAUAUUUAUGAAAAUGACAUAUUCUACUUGUGAAAACUGAAUGCAAGAUGUUUGGAAUAAUAAUUAAUAACCAGACUUGGGUACUCAAGUUCCUGGAUCAGGCAGCAGCAGUUUCACCUUAUGGCAUUGUUUAAUUCUAGUAAA